CGAGCCCUUUGAGUUUUUAUGGAGAACUUGUUUUUUAACGGAAAGAACUAGAUAUUGCUUAUUUAUCAUCUAUCAACUUUUCUUCUGGAGGGCAUCUUUUGGGAAGCCUACAUGAUGCAGUCUAUCAGAGACCUCAAGCACAAUUUCAGCCUCCCUCCUCCGCCUUCCAUGGCUGGAGCCGGCGAUUCCUAUCACCAAGGCAACAUCCGAAUGACUCUAGAGGAUCCGGAUCUGUGGAGAUCCUUCCAUGAGAUCGGGACUGAGAUGAUCAUCACCAAACCUGGCAGGAGGAUGUUUCCACACUGCAAAAUCAGCUUGUCCGGAUUGGUGCCAUAUGCAAAAUACAUCUUACUGGUGGACAUGGUACCUGAAGACGGUCUCAGAUAUAAGUGGAACAAGGACAAGUGGGAAGUCGCCGGUAAGGCUGAGCCUCAGCCUCCAUACAGGACGUACCUACACCCUGAUUCACCAGCGCCCGGCAGCCACUGGAUGAAACAGCCCGUGUCCUUCCUCAAACUCAAGCUUACCAACAAUGCCCUGGACCAGCAUGGACAUAUUAUCCUUCACUCCAUGCACCGCUACCACCCGCGAUUCCAUAUCGUCCAGGCUGAUGAUCUGUACAGUGUACGCUGGAGUGUCUUCCAAACCUUUACCUUCCCCGAGACGACCUUCACUGCUGUCACUGCGUACCAGAACACAAAGAUCACAAAGCUGAAAAUUGACCACAAUCCCUUUGCCAAAGGAUUCAGAGAUGAGGGUACAAACUCUAAAAGACGAGCAAAUAGAAGUCUGGCUGAUCCUGAGAGAGUUGCAAAGAAAAUGAACGUGUCAAAAGACUCUGAACAUGGAAGCCCAAGAGAUAUUCAACAAUCUGCAUGUGAAGGUCUGGAUGAUGAACACGUGGGCCGAAAGGAGUCGGAGGUGAAGGCCGAGCGGUACUCCCCAUGGGGAGGUGCGUGCGACCGGGACAACAGCCACGCUCUCCGUGCAGAGUCCCCACUGGGCUCGGACCCUCGAGACAUGUACAGCUCUGAACAGCUCGUACCUGGACAGAACACGUACCAGCCGUACAGAUUUCAUGAAUACGGAAAGUCCCCCUCGCCAUCCUCCAGUGCUGGCAGCAGCAGUGGAUGUGGAAGCACCGGCCGCUCCAGCUUCGAGUCCCGUGUGCCGGAUGUUGCCACCGUGCCCGAUCACGACACCUCCAGCAAGCCCUCCGCCCCAGAGUUCGGCAUCCCGCCCUGCCCUCCACAUCCCUCCGCGGGGCACCAGGACUACACGGGGGUGCUGAACAUGGCCAUAGCCCAGGCCAAGCCAGGUAUGCUGGGCCACCAUCCUCUCUACACCCCCUACAGCACAGAACAGUCUCUGGGACAGUGGAGCGGGGCAGCGUCCGCUCAAUACCCCCCUCCACCACCUCCCCAUCAUCACCUACCCAGUGAAUACAGCACCCAGGCCGUCCAUCACGGGUAUCACCACGGAAACGUAGGGGACUGGAGCCAAUACCCGUUGUUCUCUUACUCGUGCUGGUGAAUUGGACAGCUGAACAAGAGACGGGACGAGAUGCUUUCUAAAGUCUGCACAACGAGGUCUGAUUCUGACCCAUACGAUGGCACGCGUCACCCGGUACCUGCGAGCACCAGAUAAACUCUAGAACAGUGAGUGAAGUGGCACUAACUGAAAUGUUGUUUGUGAGAAAAUAAAGAACCUGCUUCAGUUUAAUUGAAGAAAAGUCUGUGUGCUUAUCUGAGGGUCUUUGUAUUCUUUCCGCUGUGAGAAAAGAUGGUGUGCUUGUCGAUCGUGCCAAAGGAUGUACCAUUAAAUGCAUUUGAAAACUGACUUUUGAUUCAUUUUAACUUGAAACCUCAAAUGCCUGCAUACCGAGGACCCAGAACGGACUGGUUUUCUUGGCUUUGUUGUUAAGAUGUCUAUUUAUUGUGUGUUCUUUUGCUGCUACUUAAUAUUAUUUUUGUUAAAAAGAGAAACAUGUAGUGUAAAAUGCUGUUUGGAAAUUACAAUGUUGUAUGUCUGAAAUACAGAAUGGUCAGUAAAUGUCUUCAAAGAUGUUGUGGUCAUGGUCCUUUUCUUUUUCAAAGAAAGAAAUAAGCAGCUAAUAAGCUCAUAUAUAUAUAUAUGGAUAUAUUCAUCGGGUCAUAAAGAAGUUCAGUUCGAGGGGAAGUGAAGUAGACAAACAUCUGCUGUGAGAGUUAAUGAGAGCACUUUGAAGGUCUGUGUGAGAUCCUAAUUGUAAUUUGCCAUAAUUUCUGUAGUUCAUUGGCUCGUGAUUGUGAAGUAAAGAUAUAUUCAAAUAUA